AGAUGUUAGAGGGCAGCCAUCAUCAUUUCACCUAAUUCAUGUCCAGCCCGAAAUGCUAAAAGGUAAGACGACGGGGAAACGGAAAACUACGAUGGAGUAGGUGAAGACUCAGAAGUCUCAACCGGUCUCAUCUUCUCUGUUGUCUCCCAACUUACCAAGGAAGGCUGCAAACAACACCUGGUGUGACCUCGGCUGUCUGCCCCUUGUGACAAGGGGGAGCAACAAACCUGCUUCUUGGGUUGCAGGAGCACAGUGGAGGAGAGGGUUUGAGGCUGAUUACUCCCCCCAUUGGUCUUUGAGGAGGGGGGAGGAGGAGGACAAGGAAGCUGCUAUAACCACCCAGAGCAUGGGGCAAAAAGUCCCAGGUGGCAUUAAAACCAUUGAUAUGCGAGAUCCAGCGUUCAGCCCCCUGAAGCUGGAGCUACAGGCCCUGAGUCACACCAAGCCGUCUCGACUGGAUCUGCUGCUGGACAUGCCACCUGCCAGCGUGGACGUCCAGGUCCAGCACUCGUGGAACAAUGAUGACCGCUCCCUCAACAUCUUUGUCAAGGACGACAACAAGCUGGUGUUUCACAGGCACCCUGUGGCGCAGAGCACGGACGCCAUACGGGGGCGUGUUGGCUAUACAAGGGGACUGCAUGUGUGGGAGAUCAGCUGGGCUAUGCGUCAGAGGGGCACGCAUGCAGUGGUCGGAGUGGCGACGAUUGACGCCCCGUUACACUCGGUGGGCUACACAGCUUUGGUAGGAAGCAACGCCGAGUCCUGGGGCUGGGACCUGUGCAGGAGUAAACUGUACCACGAUGGCAAGAACCUCCCUGGGAAAACCUACCCAGCCUUCCUGGAGCCAGACGACACCUUCAUAAUACCAGACUCGCUCUUAGUAGUGUUGGACAUGGAUGAGGGGACUCUGGGUUACAUAGUGGAUGGACAUUAUCUAGGGGUGGCAUUCAGAGGACUUAAGGGCAGGAAGCUGUACCCAGUGGUGAGCGCCGUCUGGGGACACUGUGAAAUAAGAAUCCGGUACAUAAAUGGACUUGAUCCUGAACCCCUCUCUCUGAUGGACCUGUGUAGGCGUUCGGUGAGGGUGGCAUUAGGAAGAGACCGUCUGGGUGAAAUCCAUAGACUGCCCCUGCCGGCCUCUCUCAAGAACUACCUGCUCUACCAAUGACAGCGCUGACAGUCGCAACACACUCAGCACACCCUUGUCUCUUUCUCGUGUUUCUCUGGGAUCCUUCUUGGGUUGAACCCGCUCGACCACAUUGCUCCAGGACUGACUCAGCCUUCGACAAGUAUGCUUCUGUGUCAGUGACUGGAUGCUGUUUGAGUUUCUUAUCCUGUUUUUAUGACUCUUUGCAAUUGUAUUCUCUAACUUUAUAAAAUCAGGAAUCACUGAGCACUAUGCACAUGCUGAUCCGGACGAUGCCCUGACAGCCACCAUGUUGGUGUACCUCCUCCAGUUUGUAGGUUAAUGUGGCAUAUGUGGUCAGUAUCUCUGCGGUGAACUCCAGACUUUAUGAUUAAGAAUUUCUAUCAGGUAGCAUUUUAAAUUGAUGUGUUAUUGGUUCUGCUAAAACAAAAGCGUGUGUGAUGGCAAUUAAACUCUUAUGUUGGUGCAGAUAUGCACUGCCAGUAUCUGACCACAAGGUGGCAGCACACGCAUCUCGACCUGCACAUUGUCUAAAGAUGAGAAUUAUAAACAUGAAAUCCUAGUUGCUUUUAGAAAUUGUGGCUUUUAAAUGGAAACUAAAUAGCCACACAGAAAGGAGAUGCUGACCACUCCACAGUGAGUCUGUAGUGCAGUGUGGAUGAAUGCACUGUGAGGCAGCUGAAGAUCAGCUCCGACCCCUCACUGCACUAUCAGGUUUCCCUGCUUACCAUCAAGGAACCUGUCAGGAAAAACAUCGGCAGAUAUUUUAACGGAAGGAUAAUGUCACUGUGAUUAUUUGUAGCAUGCAUCUGCAGGAAAUUUUCUCAAUACAAUCACAAUGUCUUUUUUUAAAAAGUUCUCUGUCACUCCUGCUUUUCGUAGUGCAUUAGUUUUCAAACACAUGCUGUCAGGGCCCAAGAGUGCUGUUUUUUUUUUCUUUUUUAAUUCAACCAGUCUCUCCAUCAGCUGAUUUCACUGGUUUGCACAUAUUCAGCCAGAGAAUGAAAACUAACCAAUGAAAUAUCCACUGAAGUGGUUCUCUGUAAUGAAAACCUGCUACUCUUGGGUCUCACCGGUACAUAGCUGAGAACCAUUGAUGUAGUGUUUGUGUUUUAUAAUGUAAAUGGGGGGGAAAGGGUCUUUGGUAAACAGACUAUGUAGGCGAACGGCAAACUUCAGAUUAAAUGCACCAUAAAGACAGAAAAAAAGACAAUCCACAAAGUGCUGCACAAAUAUAAUAAAAGAUCAGAUUGCCAACAUAUUGUCAAAUGCCAUAUCAUAGACCUGUUAACUAGUAUUUUAAACUUUGCAGAUGUCCUUUUUUCAGCUGGAUAAGGACACUGUGCAACACCUUAUUUUCCUUGCUUGCAGCUUCCAUUUUAUUUGUAUUCCUUGUUGUAGAUUUGUUUGUAAGUAUCUAUUAAAGUUUAUUUCAAAGUAUA